UUUGGGUUCAUACACCACAAACAUAGUAUGCGUUGCCACUUUUACAUUUGUUUUUUUAAUAUCAUUCUUUCCGAGUUCUCAUAAGUUUAAUUCAUAAUAGAGAGAAAUCGAGUUUUUGUGUGUCGAUUUAUUUAGUUUCAAUCAAUUUGCAAAUGAAUGCAUUGUUACCAAACCAACGUUUUAUUGUGUAGAAUUUUUGAUGUGAGUCAUAGUGUGCUGAAAAAAUAUGAGUUCAAUUUCAUUAUAUUUAUUGGCCUUUUAUGUGUGUUUGAUUUCGUAUUCGGAAGCAUGGAUGUAUUCUCCCAAAUUCGUUAAAUAUGGCGUGAACGGUGAGUUUCGAAUUAUUGGCGGUAAACCGGCUGACAAAGGGGAGUUUCGAGCACAGGUAUCGCUACAAAAUCGAUUUUUUGCGCACAUUUGUGCAGGCGUCAUCAUAGAUCCAGUUCACAUUGUUACCGCUGCACACUGCCAUCAACCGCAAAAGCGAAUUGGUUAUGUGAUGGGAGAUGAUCUAAUGGUUACGUUCAAUGGAUCGGAAACGCGGCAACGACGAAAAGUCAUGCAUUUCGUGCCACAUCCAGAAUUUUCGAGAGACACAUUCCAAAAUGAUAUCGCCGUUAUAAGAGUAGACAAUCCAUUCAAUGUUACAAAAACGUUUGGUCCAAAGCGCCGUUCAGAAGCAACACCAACAAUUGAAACACGUUGUACAGUCGUCGGAUGGGGGUAUACCACAAAUGGCCAAGAUGGUGACAUUUCAUACAAUCUACUGAAAACGGAUGUUUUUGUUGCUGACAUCAACUAUUGUAAUAGCUCAGAUUCGUAUGAAGGUGCCAUGAAACCAGGCAUGUUUUGUGCGGGAAGACUGCGUGAAGGUGGUCAUGAUGCAUGUCUGGGUGAUUCGGGCGGUUUAAUAACAUGCGGUGGAUUGCAAGAAAUAUCCGGCGUCGUUUCGUUUGGGAAUGAAUGCGGUUUGCCCGAAUUUCCAGGCAUCUACGCUGACGUCUCAAUGUACAAUGCUUGGAUCGAUGAAAUUGUAGCAACAAAAGUUUUGCCAGAAUAUGAAUUUUCACCAUUUCCAAAGCCAUAUGCAAUCAGCCAGCCUGAUGAAGAUGAUAGUUAUGGUUACAGUUACUCUGAAGUAACGAGCAGCUCUGCGACAUUAGCAUUGAUAUCUGUGUUUUUAGCCAUUAGAUCAGUUUUGAAUGUUAAUUUAUAAAUGUUUUGAUAGAAUGAAAAAUUGAAAGAGAGAAACAUAAAUGAGACACAUUUGUAACAAAUUUUUUGUAUUUAUUCAUCGAAUAAGAUAUAG